AUGGAUUGUUUUAAGAAAUUUUUUAUCAGAAGGCAAACUGAACUUCCUAUUGACGAUCUGGAGACUGAGCUUGAAAAAAAAGAAAGAUGGAGAAGUAUCUACAUAAUUUAUUUUACUAUGUUCUUGAUGUCACUUGGCUUCAGUAUUAUACUUACUGGAGUUUGGCCAUACUUAAACGAUUUGGAUUCUACUGCAGGAAAAGUAUUUAUGGGUUAUAUAGUGGCAGCCAAUCCUCUUGGACAAAUGUUAUUUUCACCUUUGGUGGGUUGGUGGGGUAAUAAAAGAGGAUCAGUAAGAUUGCCACUUUUAGUGACCUUAGCAUUGUUUAGUGUCUCAUCAGCAGUUUACAGUAUUCUCGACAUGAUACCUGGUGAUAAAAAAAGUUACAUGCUUGUUGCCAGAUUCUUCGUUGGUGUUAGUUCUGCUAAUAUUGCUGUAGCAAGAUCUUAUCUAUCUGCAGCCACAAAACUUUCAGAACGAACACAUGCAGUUUCCAUGGUAUCUUUGGCACAGGUCCUGGGUUUUGUGGUGGGUCCUGGACUGCAGGCUGCUGUAACACCUCUUGGAGAAGAUGGUAUAACAUUUUUAGAGCUACCUAUAAACAUGUAUACAGCAGCUGGAUGGAUUAAUGUAAUAAUGGGGAUUCUUAAUUUUAUUUUGUUUUUACCAUGGAGCUUUAAGGAACAUAAGAUUGCCAUAAAAGAAGCUAUGCAUAAUAAUGGAAAAGCUACAGAAAAAGAAACGUGGAAAGCUAUAAAACCAGAUUAUUUGGCUGCAUGGACCUUAAUUUUUGGAUUCUUUGUUUUAGUCUUCAAUUUUGUUCUUCUUGAAACUCUUGGUACUACUCUUACCAUGGAUCAGUUUGCCUGGACUAAGAAGGAAGCACUAUAUUAUAUGGGAAUACUAAUGAGCUUUGGAGCUGUGAUAGCCUGUGUUACAUUUGUCAUGAUUGGACCGCUUUGUAAAAAAUUUAAGGAACGUAAAGUAAUGUUAUGGGGUGGAUUCUUCUUCAUGGUAAUUGGACGAGUAUUAUGUAUUCCAUGGGGUCCGGAUCCUCCUAAACUUGCAGAUUUUGGACCUUAUAGCAAUAUCACGACAGAUGCCAAUGGCACAGAAAUUGUAGGUUGUGACAUUGUUACUCAAGAAUGGUGUAUUUAUACUCCACAACUCACAAUUACUCAAUUUAUUAUUGGUUACGGCUUUACAUCUAUCGGUUAUCCUAUAGGGGUUACUUUGAUGCAAACUAUAUUUAGUAAAAUCCUCGGUCCACGUCCACAAGGUGUAUGGAUGGGUUUAAUGACAGGUGCGGGUUGUGCAUCUCGCGUUUUAGGUCCGGUAUUUGUGAGCAGUAUUUACACCAAAUUAGGAACAUACUAUACUUUUGGUAUAACUGGUGUAAUGUUAAUUAUUUCCAUGUUGUGGUUACAACUUGUAAAUAAACGUUUGAUUGCACCAGAGAUAAAAAAAAGUGAUCAAGCGCCAGAUAUACAAGAAAAAGAUACUGAAAUUCCAUUAGUUCAGUUAAGAUCUGCUAAUACUCAAACAUCGCAUGAAGCUGUGUAGUUUAACGAAGCAUCAAAUUGUGAUAAUUAAAAUUGUGUAUUGGCAAAGAGAAAAUUAUUUUUCGUGUAAUGUGCAAUUGCCACAGUAAAUUGUACAUAAACAAUCGACAAAUUAAGGUAACAAUGCAAAUUAAUUUAUAUUUUUCUAUAUGUAUAUAUAUAAAUUACUAUCAUAUUUUUUGAAUCUAUAGAUAUUUUUUAUACAAAGUUACAUGUUUUACGAAAUGCAAUUAAAAUUAAUGUCUUCAGAAUAGUAUCACAAUAGAAUUAUAAAUAAUUGAGACAAUAAUAAAGCGUUAUGCUCAAAAUUUUUUUGUGAUACAAUUGUUUAAAUUUUAAUUAUAUCUUUUAUAUAAAUUCGGACUAAUGUUAUAUUAAUUAUAACAUAAUGUUAAAUUAAUGUGUAAGACUUGGAUUAUGAAGGCGAUAAAGACUUGCCAUAGAUAAUGCAAAAUCAAAAAUUUGUAUAUGAAUUUAAUGUUAUUCUUCCAGAACUAAUACUUUUUUGCUUAAAGAGAAGUUAUAACUCUGAAACAUGCACAGUUGUUAACAUUAGUGCUAUUAGUAUUUUUUAGACAGAAUAAUGCGUAUGAAUAUAUAAACAAAUACUGAUGUACAAAUUAUGAAUUUUAUAUACACAACUUUAGUUCUCCAAGUAUUUUUAUCAACUGCAAAACGUUAGAAAUUGCAUAAAAACAAAUUUGUUUAAUAAUUUAUAUUCUAUGUGCAUUUUUAUAUACUUAUUGUUCUUUUAAAGUUUACGUUUAUCAUUGUUUAAAGUUUAAAGAUUAAAUUAAUACCACGGUUAUGUCUAAACAUUUGAGUAAUGUACAAAUUUAUAAUAGAGUAGCAUAUAGUACUUAUACAAGAGCGUUAUUAUCUUUUCUAGGAGAGUAAUAUUAUAUUCAAAUGCGUUAGACCAUAGCAAAUAUUAUGCAAUAUGAAAUUUGAUUAUGUACUGAGUAAUUAUCUAAGUUUUGUUAACCAAUUAAUUUUUUUUUUUAGAAUAUUUUGUUAUUAGUAUCAAUAAUCAUUUUCGCUCAAGAUAGAUUUAGAUGUUGGAAUGUUCAUUAAUUAUUAUAACAUUUAUGAAUUGCAUAUCUUAUUAGCUGUUUACAUAAGUAUGAUAUAAAUGCAACGUAAAUCAAUGCAAGAAUAAAAACCCAAACAACACAUAGUUUAAAUCGAAUUAUAAAGACAUCUAAAGGCACAGCUCUGAAAGUAGUCUCUUAAAGACGUAUAAAAGACAUCUUGUGAGCUAAUUUCGUAUUGUACGAGAAGGCACAGUCUUUUUAUUUUUUUCGUGUAGUUUGAAGAGCAAAGACUGACUGGACUGACCUAAUUAACCCUUUGGAGUCUGAUUUAUUUUUCGUUUACUUGUGUUAUAUCUGAAGUCAUGUUUUAUAAAAAUGUGGAUGCUAAUAUCGAGAAAUGUUAAUUUUAUGAAUAGGGUAUGCCCUUUUUUAUCUAUAAUGGAUAAAUAAAAUUUGUAUAUAAUGGAAAAACGGGAUCUAUUUGUACCAUUAGAUGUACGUAAUACAUGGAUGGGACACAUAUGUACCGAUAGACUCCAAAGGGUUAAAAAUUUAUAUAAACUUGUAUUACAUUAAUUAAGAAAUGAAUAAUUGAUAUUA